UUUGUUAAAUUGUCGGAAAAACCUUGGAUGAUGCGCGGUGUAUUAUCAAAUUAUACAUAUUAAUUGAAAUCGCAUCGUUCACAAGUAUUCGUGAAAGCACUCCGGUGUCGUAGAAUUUCGUGUAACAGUUUUUAUGAGACAAUAAACAUGAGCCACCCUCGAGUUGAUAAUGUGCAUGCAUCGGGUCAAUUGCGAGUGAUCCUCCCUGCUUCGAUGGAAAAUAUGCCUCCUCCGUUCAUGGACAUUAAUAACAUGCAAGAGAUACCGCCUCCGCAGGCGGAUUUCUCGGCGCCGCCGCCGUACGAUGUCGCCGCGAAUUCCAAACUACCCACAUAUGAGGAGGUGCAGCGAGAGAAACAGAUGGAAGGCGAGGGGCCUCCUCAGAUGCUGCCCCCGCACCAGCCUACAUUCGCAGCGUUUGUGACAGUGGAGCAGACAGAGGGCAGCACCGAGCCGCUCGACCCGGAGAACAGCCUCCUCGGCACCGAUAUCAUGUUCCUCACGUCUUUUAUUGUGGCGUUCCUGUUCAACUGGAUCGGGUUCCUGUUGCUGAUGUGUUUCUGCCACACGGUGGCGAGCCGCUACGGCGCGCUGGCCGGGUUCGGUCUGUCGCUCGCGAAGUGGACGCUCAUCGUGAAGCACUCCACGGAACUCGCCUCGCACGAGAACUCCUGGCUCUGGUGGCUGAUCAUGGCUUUCGGUAUACUGAUCUGCGUGCGCGCCAUCAUCCAGUACCUGAACAUCAAGCGCGGCUGGCGGCUGCUGUCGGGCACUGCGCAGGAGCGACUGCUCUUCUUCUACUAGACGCCUCGGGGUGACACGCCGGGCGAAUGGACGGGUUAGGGUGACCAUACGGCAUUACGGCAAAGUCACUUAUAAACCUAUCUGUCAUAGAUAUACUAUGUUUUGUCUCGUUUACUCAUUAAGCCUCUUAAUGAGGUGAGACGAAACAAAGUAUACUAAGGUAAGUUUAGACUAGCAAGUUCUCGUAGUAAUAUAUUACGCAAUAACUUGCACUUGCGUUUACACCAACGUAAAAAAUUCAAAACACAUAAGACUCGCCGCAAGUUCUACAAGCUUGAAAAUUUGCAAAAGUCGGUUUGCCGUAAUAUUGACGUCACAGCAAACUGACGUUUACAUUUUAAAAUUUUAUUGCGGAAGACAACUUCAGGGUUUCUUGCUAACCUGAACCCUGUUCAAACGUAUACAACCAGUAAGUAAGACGGUUUGUCUUUAGAAACAAGAUUUAUAGUCGAGUGGGGUGAAUAGGCACAACAGUUAUUCCACUAAACGAAUUAGACAGAUAAACCCAUGCUAUUCUUAUCCAAUAAAUAAACAAAUUUCCAAGUAAUGUUUGCAAUAAUCAAUUUAUAAACAAAAUAUUCACUCAAUACAUCUGUGUAACAGCCGUAACAUAAACCAUCCCUAUUCACCCCGAUUCUUCGAUUCUUCCCGAUUAAAUAAAAAAAUAUGUACUAUUAACAGUAACAAUAUAAUUAUAAUACAGGAUAAUUCCUGUAAUGCGUGAAGUAUGGUCACCUUAGUUAUGUCUGAAAUGGUUGAUUCAAAUGAGUUAGGUGUGAAGAUGCUUGUUUCAGAACUUGUUGCUCUAUAGUGUCGUGUCAGUGAUUUGUUGAUAGUAUUUUGUGUAAAUGUAUUUUAAUGUUUGCUUCUUGCGUAACGUGGGUCUGGUAGCCAGACGUUAAAUAUGUUUUCGGAUUGAUAAAAAAAAACAAAACAUAAAAAUGACUGAUUUUAUGAUUAUUGAAUGUUAGACAUCGAUUGAAACUAGUUUUCCGAUGCUUUCGUUUUGUAUUUAAAUUUUCUUCCGACUUCAACAUGAAAGCUGUAGUAUUGGAAACGUCAGGAAAAAAUAAAAUAUAAAAAAACGCAAUAAAAUCCGAAAAAUAGUUUUUGAAAAUAAAAAAAAUGCAUUCGAUUAUUAGAAUUGACCGCGUACCUAACAUCUUUAUAAUAGUACUAGCUCGUGGAUGCUGCUUAUAUUAUUUAAUAAUUGAGAUUCAUAGAAAAGAACCGUCUUGACGUACAGUUGUCAAAAAAAUCCUAAAAAAAAUUCCUCGUAUUUCAAAUAAACUUUUUUAUAAUUUCAUACGAUCUAUGAAUUACUGACAAGGCAUGUGAGAAUCGGCGUGUAAGCUGCGAUGUCGUGCUCUCGGUGUUUAGAUAAUGUUUGUAACGUGAUUUCAACGUAUACUGAUGUUAAGUUAACGAGAAAUGUCAAAGUGCAGCGCCCCUACCGGAUUAUGUAUAAUUGUAUGAACAGUCAAGAACAAAAGUGGCUGAAAAUUAAUUUAAAAGUCUUUGCCAAUAACCUUUUCUUCGAUUUAAUUAAAUUAAAAAGGGUUUACUUUAUUUUAGGCAAAAAAAAAAUAAAUGCUUCUAUUGCAUUUAACGUGUAUAAAGAAAGUGUAGGUAGUUUUGGGUUUGUUCGGCUACUUUUGUGGCUGACUGUACAUAUAUUAAAAUAAAUAUAUAAUUUUCAAUUUGUGACUCAACUUAUAAAAUAGUUAACACAUUAUAAUUUUUUUAUAAUAUAGAGCAUCUGAUGUCUUGUUAACUUAACGAUCGUAAACGGAACGGUAGUUCUUAGAACGAUUGUCAUCUUGUCUCUGAAAAUUACGGUACCAUAGAGUAUAGAAAGUUUACGAGUAUGGAUACGGUUUAUUGUUCUGAACGCAUGGACGUGUACUGAGUUUAAACAAUUAAAACUCGAUCUUAUGUCCUUUCGCAUACGGUUGAAAGAAGGGAAAUAUACAUCAUUAUGUGUAUGGGAAAAUAAAAAUAUAUCACUACAUAAUAUUAUGCUAUAGGUGUUUGUAUGUACCUAUAGCAUAGGAUGUAACAUCCUAAUGUUUGAAUGCUUUAUUAGCAGAGAUACGCAAAA